CCCCCCCUCCAUCAUGUGAUGGUCCUGCCCAAGUGAUUUAAGCUGCGGGAGCUGAGCGCUGAGUCACGCUGGGCUGCGGAGCAGGGGCUCGGGGGCGUCCUGCCUGGUGGGGCUGGUGUCUGCAGCAUGGAGCGAGGACUGGUCGUUACUCAGCUGGACAUCCAGCCUGGUGAGUGCGUCAAGGUCAAAGGGAAGAUCCUGUCUGAUGCCAAAGGGUUUGCUGUGAAUGUAGGGAAGGACAGCGGCACCCUCAUGCUGCAUUUCAACCCUCGCUUUGACUGCCACGGGGACGUCAACACCGUUGUGUGCAAUUCAAAGGAGGAUGGCACGUGGGGUGAGGAGGACAGGAAGGCUGACUUUCCCUUCCAUCACGGUGACAAGAUCGAGAUGUGCAUCUCCUUCAAUGAAACAGAGGCAACGGUGAAGCUGCCUGAAGCGGAGUUCCAGUUCCCUAAUCGGCUGGGCAUGGAGAAAAUUGAAUACCUGGCUGUGGAGGGUGACUUCAAAGUCAAAGCCAUUAAGUUCAGUGACCAGCUAUAGCUUGGUUUGUUUUGUUUUCUCCCCCCUGCAUAGUGAAAUAAACCCACACUUGCAA